AUGUCCCCCCUCCCCGAAGAACUCAUUUCAGAGAUUAUGAUGCUCCUCGACAGCUAUUCCAUUCUCCAGAUGGCCCUUUCCUGCCGGUCCUUUCACGAAACCUUCCUGACUAAACCUAUUCGCUACAUUUACGAACUUGGCUUGAACGGUAUGCAAGACGCGGGAUCUAAUAAACCGCCCGACGAACUGCUCGUUCUCCUUCGCGAUCGGCAAAGGAGAUGGGUAGAGCUCGACUGGAAGAGUGUCCAUGUAGUGAAGGCUCCAGGAAAUCGACUAUUUCCCAAACUCGCAGCAGGGACACUGUCAUAUUCGGAUGGCACUGAUCUCUUUGUACUUUAUCUGCCGUCUGCCAGAAACCCUGGACACGCCCUCCAUCGCACCUCACUGGACUUCAAGAUACACGAUUUCGCCAUCGAUCCAAGCCAAGAUUUGGUUGUUGUGUUGGAAGCUAUUGAGCUACCGAGCCGAGAUCGACGCCUGAGCCUGCACUGCCGCACAAUCUCGACCAACCUGGCUCACCCCAAAGCGGCCCAGGGCGUACUCUCCUUCACGAUACCCAACCAUCCGCUUGGGGAUCAGCUGUGGAAGGUCAGGCUUCAGAUAGCGGACGACGUUUGCGCGUUUCACUCAGGUGACAGGGUCCGUCCUCGGCUCCUGCUUUGGAACUGGAACAUGGGACUGCUUCUCUUUGACUCUCUCGACGAAGUAUUACCGGACUAUAUCGAGACCUUCAAUUUCCUCCGCAGGGACGCAUUCACCUUGACGUCCUCGAUCUCUGGUGGCCUCAUCCAUGUCUACCUGUUCUCUCCUGUUGCGCUGGCAAACCCCAUACUGAUUGCCUCCCUUGCGCUACCCCUUCCUGCUCCCUCAUAUACCGUCGCCUCUCUGUGGACCCCUUCCGUGCAUCUACAGCAACAUCCCAUGCCAGAAGCGCUGUUCACGCACUCUACUGAAACACGAACACAUGUAUUCUCCGUCAUUUACCGAGCGUCUUUUGACCUGAGCUUGCCUAGCAAGCUCUACUUUUUCUUCAUACGCAAUUUGACAUUCCUUCAGUACGUAGAUGGUCCUGAGAUUGCCCCUGAGCUGCAAGUAGUGUCCUGGGAGCAAUGGGGAGAGAACGAGAGUCGCUUUAUACCGAUGGCUCCAGGAACAUGGUCACUGGAUGCUCACGGAGACCGCGUUGUGCUCUAUCAGCCUAGACGCAACACCAUCGAUCUGCUGGAUUUCUCGUGCGGUACUCCAUAUCUUGCCUCUCCUGAACACAAGAGGUAUGGACGAGAUAAACCAACUACCCUUAAGUGCGGGGGCAUAUUCACCAAAGACAUCGUAACACGUCUGCCAUACCACUCCGCCUCCAAGGCAAUGCCGCUCGACUUACACAAGAAAAUGAUCGACGAGGAGCGCAUCGUCGCGUUGAAUCAAACAGAUGACAGAACUGAACUACGAGUGUAUUCUUUUUGA